AUGGCUGAGACACUGUUGAUGUCUUUCGACAACAUGGACAGCUCAAUCUACGAACGAGCCGACAAGGAGGAGUUUCCAUAUCGUGGAAUGGAGCUGUUUGGCGUUCAGCUAGCCUUCAUCAUUGCCGCCAGUAUCUUCGUCCUCGCCAGAGCGUACGUCAAAGUGUUUAUAGUCAAAAGUGUGGCGGCGGAUGACUGGCUCAUAUUCGGCGCAACGGUCGGGUACGUGGUCUACGGAGUUAUCGCCAUGCAUGGAAUCACCGAAGGCGCUACCGGUAGACAUGUCACGGAACUCAUCCGCUCGAAAGCCGUUAUAUCUUUGAGAGCUUGGUACAUCUGCGAAGUCCUCUAUCCCCCAAUUACGCUAGCGAUACGACUGUCCAUCUGCGUCCUGCUUCUACGGCUCGCCGUCAACAAAGUCCACCGAUGGAUCAUUUACGUCAACCUGGUAGUCGUCUGCAUGAUCUCCAUCGCCUUCUUCUGCAUCAUGACCUUUCAGUGCAAACCGGUGUCGUAUUUUUGGAAGCAGCUUGAGGGAAUGAAGGGAUCCUGCAUCAACUACAACAUCGUUCCGGAUGCCGUCGUUGCCCACAGCGUCGUCUCCGCGGUAUCUGACUGGGUUAUGGGGUUGUUACCAAUAGCCCUACUCUGGAAUGUGAAUCUUAACCGUCGAACCAAGGUGUUGGUAGCUGUACUUUUGAGUAUGGGCAUGAUCGCUGGUGUUGCCCUAAUCAUACGUAUUCCUUAUGUCAGGCGCCUUGCGAUCUCAGCAGACUUUCUUUACGAGACAAUCGACGUUGCCAUCUGGAGCGUGAUGGAGCCUGCACUAGGCAUCAUUGCCGCCUCCGUCACCAGCCUGCGACCGCUAUUCCAUGGUUGGGGCUUCGGCUGGAGCUCCAAGAGCAAACAGUCUCGCCCGACAUAUGCAGGCUGGGCAGACUCGAGCCGUCGCCCUGCACAAAACGAAACUCCCGCACCGAACACCAGGGGCACCACCUCCGAAAACUGCAGUUCCACGAAUCAGACGUACGACGACCUCACGCUAUCCCCUACAAGCUCUGACAUAGAGCUGAACAAGACGGUUCGUGAUCAGAGGCAGAGCGAGGAGCACGAGUAUCCCGAAUCCCGCCCAUCGUCCGAUCUUGGGCAGAGGAGCCAUACCAAUGAGACACAAACUUCAUCAAGGCCAGUGAUAAAUGUCCGCACGACUAUCAAAAUCACCUCGCAGUCCAUAAAGGAGGUCUUGCCAGCGAAAGACUCCGAGUCAAAUGACAAUGAAAAGGUACCUCGAAAGGGGGACAUGCCGGCUGAGCAUAUUGGCCAUCACCAUGCCAAGUCAGAGGUGGAAAAGAAUGUCUCUUAUACCCGUUAA